UGGAGUUGUUGGACUGCAUUUCUAUAUACUACAAUGACUGCUCUCAAACCUUGUGAUAUGGUUGCUUUUUGCAAGCGAAUGCCUAAAAUUGAAUUGCAUGCUCACCUCAACGGAUCCGUAUCCCGUGAAACUAUCCGUCAUCUCAUCUCGAUGCAACCUUCCAAUGCAACUCUUCAAGCCGAUUUUGCUACGUUUGAAAAGCAGUGUUCUCUCACCUCCAUUCACUCUUUUUUCCCCUUGUUCAAGUUUGUAUAUGCUGUCAGUAACUGCAUUGCAAAUGUUCGGUACAUCACUCGGCAAGUUAUUGUCGAGUUUUCCACCGAUGGGUGUGAAUACCUUGAGCUUCGCUCAACACCGAGAUCUAAUCCAGAAACAGAUCUUGUUUCCAAAAGAACUUACAUCGAAGCGUGUUUGGCAGGAACAAAGGAUGCAAUAGAAAUGUUGAAAGGUGCAAUUCAGGUGCGUUGGAUUUUGAGCUUGGAUCGUCGACAUUCGUUGGAGGAUGGACUAGAAACAGUUCAGCUUGCUAAAGAAUUCAUGGAUCAAGGCGUGGUUGGAGUGGAUUUAUGUGGCGAGCCAUCUGCUGGAAACUUCAAGGAUCUUGAACCUGCUUUUAUUCAGGCUCGUGAAGCAGGACUGAAAGUUACCCUCCAUGUUGCAGAGAUUAAAAACCAUGAGCAAGAAACACGAGAUAUGAUUCAUUUCAUGCCGGAUCGAAUUGGACAUGGAACAUUUUUAAAAGACGCUUUACGCGAGCAUGUCGUUGAUAAUGCUAUUCCCAUUGAGGCCUGUGUGACAUCCAACUUGCUGUGUAAGACGGUAGAACGUAUCGAAGAUCAUCAUUUCAAUGGGUUUUACUUUGAAGGGCAUCCAUGUAUUCCCUGUACUGAUGACAAGGGUGUGUUUCAAUGUACCUUGUCGAGCGAGUACUCACUGAUUGCCAAUCAUUUUAAUAUGUCCAAACUCGAUGUGAUUACCAUGGUUCAGCUGGGCAUCGACCAUAUUUUUGCCAACGAGGAAACCAAAGAGCAACUCCGCGCCAAAGUUUUGAAAUUCAAACUAGACGAAAAGGUAUGAUGUCGAUGUUUGGCAAGACAAUACCUUGGAUAUCGAGUGUAUACACAAUGUCCAGCCAAAAUUACAGGCGAUUAACAAUAAACCCCAAUCUCAUUAAAUUAU